AAGUAGUAACCAACCCAUUUCAUUUCUCCUCAGCAAUCGGAACCGAGAAUUUCAAGAAGAAAAAAAAAAGUAAAAUUCAAAAUUUUUUUUCUUGGAGAUUUUCUGGUCGAUCGACAAUGGAUCCGACGAGGAAUUUUAUGAGAGAUGUGAAGCGCAUUAUCGUCAAAGUAGGUACUGCCGUUGUUACUAGAGGCGAUGGAAGAUUAGCUGUAGGAAGGCUGGGAGUUCUUUGCGAGCAGCUUAAAGAACUGAACAGUCAAGGGUUCGAGAUAAUCCUUGUCACUUCUGGUGCAGUCGGCGUCGGCCGUCAGAGGUUGAAGUAUAGAAAACUUGUCAACAGCAGCUUUGCUGAUUUACAGAAGCCACAGGAAGAACUGGAUGGAAAGGCAUGUGCAGCUGUUGGUCAGAGUGGUCUAAUGGCUUUGUAUGAUGCCUUAUUCACUCAGCUGGAUGUGGCAUCAUCUCAACUUGUUGUGACUGAUAGGGACUUCAAGGACCCAGGUUUCAGGGUGCAGCUUAUUGAUACUGUGAAUUCCUUGUUGAAUCUCAGAGUCGUUCCUGUUUUCAAUGAAAAUGAUGCAAUCAGUACCCGUAGAGCUCCAUAUGAGGACGCAUCUGGUAUAUUUUGGGAUAAUGAUAGUUUAGCAGCGCUACUGGCUUUGGAGUUGAAUGCUGAUCUCCUUGUAUUGCUUAGUGAUGUGGAGGGCCUACUUAGUGGCCCACCUGGCGAACCUCAUUCCAAGAUCAUACACACAUACAUUAAGGAUAUACAUGAGAAGGAGAUUACUUUUGGGGACAAAUCAAGGGUGGGAAGAGGCGGUAUGACAACAAAAGUGAAGGCAGCAGUUCAUUCUGCUGAUAGAGGAACUCCGGUUGUGAUCACAAGUGGUUUUGCUACCGAUAACAUUAUCAAAGUACUGCGAGGCGAGAGAAUCGGAACGGUUUUCCAUCGAGAUGCACAUUUAUGGGUAUACCCUAAGGAAACUGGUGCACGUGAGAUGGCUGUUUCAGCAAGGGAAUCUUCUAGACGACUUCAGAGCUUAUCUUCAGAGGAGAGGAGGAAGAUCCUGCUGGAUAUUGCUAAGGCUUUAGAAGCUAAUGAAGAAUUAAUUAAAUCUGAAAAUGAGGCCGAUGUUGUUGCUGCCCAAAAGGCUGGGUAUGAAACAUCACUGAUAUCUCGGCUAACUCUGAAGCCUGGAAAGAUAUCAAGCCUUUCAAAAUCCAUACGUACACUUGCAGACAUGGAAGAUCCCAUUGGACAGACUCUUAAAAAAACCGAGCUCGCUGAUGGUCUAAUCUUGGAGAAGACAUCAUGCCCAUUGGGAGUUCUACUGAUUGUUUUUGAAUCACGACCUGAUGCAUUAGUUCAGAUUGCAUCUUUAGCAGUUCGUAGUGGGAAUGGUCUUCUUCUGAAAGGUGGCAAAGAAGCCAUGAGAUCUAACGCCAUCUUGCAUAAGAUUAUUACUGGAGCAAUACCAGAUAAUGUAGGCAAAAGGCUUAUAGGACUUGUCACAUCAAGAGACGAAAUUCCUGAUCUUUUAAAGCUCGAUGACGUGAUUGAUCUUGUUAUUCCAAGAGGCAGCAACAAGCUUGUAUCUCAAAUCAAGGAGUCUACAAAGAUUCCUGUUCUAGGGCAUUCUGAUGGAAUUUGUCAUGUUUAUGUUGACAAAUCAGCUAACAUGGAUAUGGCAAAGCAAGUUGUUUUGGAUGCUAAGGCAGAUUAUCCUGCAGCCUGUAAUGCGAUGGAAACACUUCUUGUACACAAGGACAUUGUAGGGACUACGGGACUUAAUGAUUUGAUAUUUCAACUUGAAGCUGAAGGAGUUGCUCUUUAUGGUGGACCCCAAGCAAGUCCUAAGUUAAACAUUCCUUUGGCACAUUCUCUCAACCACGAGUACAGCUCAAUGGCUUGCACAAUUGAAAUUGUUGAUGAUGUACAUUCUGCAAUUGACCAUAUAAAUCACCAUGGAAGUGCACAUACUGACUGUAUAAUUAGUGAAGAUCGUGAAGUUGCAGAGGUCUUCCUUCACCAGGUUGACAGUGCUGCUGUCUUUCACAAUGCGAGCACACGUUUUUGUGAUGGAGCUCGUUUUGGACUAGGUGCAGAGGUUGGCAUUAGUACGGGCAGAAUUCAUGCUCGUGGUCCUGUUGGCGUUGAAGGGUUACUAACAACAAGAUGGAUCCUAAGAGGAAGUGGCCAGGUCGUGGAUGGCGAUAAAGGUGUUAGUUACAUUCACAAGAAUCUUUCACUGAAUGUGACUGCUUCCCAGGUGAAUGGCUGGAUGCAUGGCGUAUCCAUAUGAUGAGUUAACAAUUUGUAGGGUGAGAAGGCUGGAAAUGGUUUUGUCUACGUGAUGAGAUGAACAUUUGGAGGCUGAGAAAGCUCUGCAGAUAUGUCAACAUGCACUAGGAAUUAUUUUUUGAACUCGCGGGUUUUAUAGUCGAGGAAUUAGAGAGGGGUGCUUCCCUUAGGGUAGUCAAGUUCUUAGUAGCUCAUGGCUAAAGUUCCACGUAGCUGGAUGCAUUCUCAAAAGAGAGUUAAUAAUGUUGAUGGUGUCAGUUUUUUUUGCUUAUGCUUGAUGAAUCUCUAUUGCUUGUUGUAUUUGUAUGUUAUUUGGAUGAUUAUCUUAGUAGGUUUUUACGCACGAUAUUUUAUCCUAUGUGAAGAUUAUUAAAGAAUGAAAUAAAGAAGUGGAAAUGUCAUUUGGUUUCA